AUGGAGCCCAAAGCUGUGAGUAGCCACGAGGACCAGAUGGAGGUCUUCGUGCGACCGGAGAAUGCCAAGUAUCAAGCGUUCGGACGGCCGAAGAACGACCUGGUGCUCAGAGUCAUUGAGAAUAAGGAGGAGGGAAGGACGCUGGAGAGGAUCCCCGUGUGGUUCAUGCGGCAAGCCGGGCGCUACCUUCCCGAGUACCGCGAAAUGAGAAGCAAAUAUGAUUUCUUCCAGAUGUGCCAGAACCCAGAACUCGCCUCCGAAGUUACCAUCAUGCCUCUGAAGCGAUUUCCAUGUGACAUGUUAGUAAUCUUUUCAGACAUCCUAAUCAUUUUUGUUGCCAUGGGGAUGAACAUAACAUUUGUUGAAAAUAUUGGACCCACAUUUGACCAAACUAUUAGCUCCUUUAAGCAAUUUCAAAAGUUAACUCUCUCACUGGAGCAAGUUAUAAAAAAUCUCCACUACGUAUAUGACGCCAUCAGUUUAACAAAGGACAAAAUUAAAAAUGCAGUUCCCAUUUUAGGUUUCGCAGGAUCACCAUUUACUCUCUUUACCUACUUAACGAAAAAUAAUAAAAAGACAUAUGAGGAUAGCAUUAGAAUGGUUUAUGAAAGUCCAGGAGAUGUUAAUAAAAUUUUGAGCAAGUUAAGUGAAGUGUGUGUAAGUCACCUGAUCAAUCAGAUUGAUGCUGGAGCAAAUGUGGUGCAGCUAUUUGACAGCAAUGCAGAUGUUGUAGAUGCAGAAUUAUUUGCUCCAUUUAGUUUGUUUUAUUUAAAAAAAGUUAUUAACACGGUGAAGAAAUUGAGACCUCAUACAUUCAUUAUUUUAUUUUUAAAGGAAAACUUUCAUCCACAUUUGAAACACCUUAACAUUGAUGUCCUCUCCAUCACACAUAAACAGCUAGCUAUGAAUUCCUCUAACUUUUACUACGAUUUAUUUGAAGGCAAAAUUAUCUUGCAGGGGGCUCUGGACCCACACAUAAUGCUCCUCAAUGAUCACAACCUCGUGGCCAAGUAUACGUCAGAGAUGGUUCGCCAAAUUAGACACACGAAUAAGUACAUUGCCAACUUGGGCCACGGGAUGCUACCCGGUUCAAAAAUAGAAAACGUGCAGGCGUUUGUAGACACCGUGGGCGGGUACUUGCCUUCUUAG